AUGUACUUAAUUCAACUGAAAGGCUAUCUGGCGGAGGCCGAGGGCUACUCAUCUGAUCCUGGAGAGGAGCUUGAGCCAACUGACGUGUUUCAACUUUCGGUAGGACGUCGCACAUCCACUGACUCCUCUGAUACAGGUUGUUGCUUAACACCACCGCCUCCCUCGUUGCCGAUAUCAUAUUCAUCCUCGUCUAACCAAAUGCACCUAACUGAUCACUCUCGGCAAUCUUCAAUGGAGCAAAAUCAACGCAAAAAUCAGCAACACCAGCUCCUACACCUGACUCACUGUCAUCGGUCAAAAGACAUGGUAUAUAGGACCCAUCAGGGAUCUACUGCUUCUCCAGAUGCCUGCGGAAACUCUGGAAAAGGCAUGCAACUUGGAAACGAUACAUCUUUUCUUGUCAGGCCCGAGGUGACAGCUGCCUCUGGUCUGUUGAGUUCUACUGAUUCUGGUAGUCUGAAUAACAGGCGUUUUUUCCAACAAUCGGGGUUUACUGAUUCGGCUGUCGCUCACCCUAUCGGUUAG